AUGCAGGCACCCCAGCUCCGUCCACCCCUGUCGCUAGGCCGGCGAGUGAGCCACGCCUGCUGCCGUGCUGGUUGCCGCGCCGAGCUGGGAGGACGCCACGCCGCCGCGCCAGCUGCCACGCGUCUUCAUCUUUGCCCAGGUCUGGUGCACCCCAAUGUCUAUGUCGCCGCUGUCUUCGACUACAUUGACGCCGUCGAGGUUUGUGCCCCCUUCUUCUCGGUCUGGAUCUGGGGUUCAAUCUCCAUGGAGUUGUCGUGGCCCUCCAUUUUCAUCUCUGACCAAAAACCCGGCGACCUGGUGCCUAUAUCAGCAGGCGUCUCAGGGUUCAGGUGUGCACAUCGGCUGUUUGUGCAAAUGACUUAUCCGUACGCCUGCAAAGAAAACAGCACACCGGAGUGCUAA